GCGUCAUACGGAGCUCCGUCACGGCGCACACUAUGCCUAUUUAAAAAGCAUUUCUCGAUGGUCGUCUCGGUCUCUUUGCUCUCGCCUCUGAAUUUCUUUCCUCUUUAGGGUUUCGGCUUCUACAGUCGGUCUCGGGAGCGAAGGUUGAUUCGUGAUGGCGUUCUCGACUCUCAUCAGAUCUGUGACUCCUGUUACCCAAGGAUCUCUCUGCGAGGUUUCGCAGAUUGAUUGCAGAGCUCGGGCCCCUGGCCAGGUGUCUUGUGCUGGUGUUAAUCGCAAUCUGAAUUCCGCUAGAAUUCAAACAAGCCUUUUUGGUACUGCAGUUCCUGGUGAAUCUUCUUCUCUACAGAAAUGCAGUGUCAGAAGUAUACAGCCUAUCAGAGCAACGGCUACCGAGAUACCUCCUGCAAUUCAAAAAUCACGGAGCGGAGGCAAGACAAGGAUUGGAAUCAAUGGUUUUGGUCGGAUUGGAAGAUUAGUUUUACGUGUAGCUUCAUCUAGGGAUGAUAUCGAGGUGGUAGCAGUCAAUGAUCCUUUUAUUGAUGCAAAGUACAUGGCUUACAUGUUCAAGUAUGACUCAACACAUGGUGUUUUCAAGGGAACCAUCAGGGUUGUAGAUGAUUCCACUUUGGAAAUCAAUGGAAAACAAAUUAAAAUAACGUGCAAAAGAGAUCCAGCAGAGAUCCCUUGGGGUGAUUACGGGGCUGACUAUGUUGUUGAAUCUUCUGGGGUUUUUACAACACUGCAAAAGGCAUCAGCUCACAUGAAGGGUGGUGCCAAGAAGGUGGUCAUAUCGGCUCCAUCAGCUGAUGCACCUAUGUUUGUGGUUGGAGUAAAUGAGAAGACGUACAAAUCCAACAUGGACAUUGUUUCUAAUGCCAGCUGUACGACAAAUUGUCUUGCUCCUCUUGCCAAGGUGGUCCAUGAAGAGUUUGGUAUUGUUGAAGGUUUAAUGACAACAGUCCAUGCAACUACAGCAACCCAGAAGACUGUAGAUGGUCCUUCAAUGAAGGACUGGCGAGGGGGCCGUGGAGCUGGGCAAAAUAUCAUCCCCAGUUCGACUGGAGCAGCAAAGGCUGUUGGCAAAGUUCUUCCAGAUCUCAAUGGCAAGCUUACUGGAAUGGCCUUCCGCAUCCCAACACCAAAUGUUUCUGUUGUGGACCUAACCUGUCGACUUGAGAAGAGUUCUUCUUAUGAAGAUGUCAAAGCAGCCAUAAAGUAUGCAUCAGAGGGGCCACUGAAGGGAAUUCUUGGAUACACUGAAGAAGAUGUUGUCUCUAAUGAUUUUGUUGGUGACUCAAGAUCAAGUAUAUUUGAUGCAAAGGCAGGCAUAGGAUUGAGUGCUUCCUUCAUGAAGCUUGUUUCAUGGUACGACAACGAAUGGGGUUACAGCAACCGAGUGUUGGACCUGAUUGAGCACAUGGCAUUGGUGGCCGCCCACAACUGAAAUGGGUAGUUGGGGGUGGUCUACAUUACAUACAACAUAGGUCCAGAGUCAAAGUCGGGUUAGGUGGUGCUGCUUGCUUUUUCCUUUUGGGCGAAAAGAGGUAAAGAAACGAUGGUUGGCAGAUUUUCUUAAGAGCUGGCAUUUUUGACGAAUUGAAUGGCCUGGUGUUUUCGUACUCCGGCGAUAUCCCUUGUUGGGGUUGGGUGGGGGGUGUAAAAACUGCAGAUGAGAUUCGAAUGUCUUCUUACCUAAUUGAUAUUGAACACCUUAACAGGCCUUCAUGUUUUAAUAAUGUAACUGCUGCUAUGUAACAGUUAACUGAUCCGUCCAUGUGAGCGGGGCCUGUUUCACCUACAUUUAUGUACUCCCAACUCCAUUAACGAGUUGGACAUCUUUUUGUUUUUCUCUUUAUAAAUAAGUUUUGGAGCCAAUUCGGGUGA